ACUUCAUUUCUGUUGUACGUGCGAGCGAGUAAUAUACAAUUAAAGCGGUAGUCGCGAAAAUAAUUUUUAUAUUAAAUAUAUGUAUAUAUAUGUGUAUUUAGCUAGAAUAGUAUUUAGUUUAAAUAAUUUAAUGCUAAUUUAAUUUAAGUGUUUUAAAAAAUAGUCUAUGCUCCCAUCGGCUAUGUGGUGCAAGAUAGCAGAAAAUGGCAAAACUCGAAUAGUUCGAAAUGUGGGCAGUAGCAUUGACGAAAAAAAGGAAGUGUAAACGGGAGGAGCAACGUUCGCCGUAGUGAAAAACGGAGGAAAAUUGCAGUUCGCCGAGUAGGAAAGUGUUAAAACGUUCAUGUUGAAAAAGGUUUUAGGUGUGUGUUUAUAAAUUAUAAAAUAUAAAAAAGAAAAGAGUUAAGAUAAGAAAAUCAAAGUGCAGCACAAAAUUAAAGAAUUGUGUGCAGAAUAGCGCAAGUCGCUCUAGCGACCUAUGGAAAAAUCAGCGUCGACCAUUCAAGGCGAACGCAGUUGCGGAAAAAUGAGUUCGAGUUGCAGCAACGAAAGAAUAGAAUGGGUGGAAAUAAUCGAGCCACGCACCAAAGAGCACAUGUACGCAAAUCUCACUACUGGCGAGUGUGUUUGGGAUCCACCGGAAGAUGUACCAAUUAAGCGCACCGACUCAUCACAGUGGUGGGAAUUGUUCGAUACGAAUACGCAACGCUUUUACUACUACAAUGCGGCGACACAGAAAACCGUCUGGCAUCGGCCAAGCAAGUGUGAUAUCAUACCGCUGGCGAAAUUGCAAACGCUCAAACAGAAUACGGAUCCGAGUGAUCGCAAGGAGAGCAGCACACAGACGCAGCAUACGACAGGAGGAGGGUCGCAGUCGCAGUCGACGUCGGCGACACAAUCACCUUUGGCAGCGGUCGGCAAGCUGCGCGCCCAGCGGAGUGCAGCGCGUGAAGCGGCAGGAUUAGCCGCUAUGAAUAACACGAAUACCGGUGGGAGUGUCGGCAGUGGGGGCAAACGCAGCAGCGCUGGCAUGGAGGGCCGUAGCGCCAACGCUUUGCCGCUGCACGCCAGUUCGGAGGAGAAACUCUCCGCCGAGUUCAUUUCUAGUCCACGUGGGCGUCACAGUUUUCGCGUUGGAACGGGUGAUUCAUCAUCGUUCACGGACAUGCAGCCAUUCUCUUCGAGACGCUCACAAGAUUCAACCAAUCAUUACAAAGAGUCGGGCAAGUCCAGCGAUUCCAGUUUGUCCAGCAUACAUGGCUAUCGGCGAUUCAACGAUGCUGGCGCUGGCGAAAGCUUGCGGUUGGGUUCACUACAGAAACAACGCACACGGAAAGAGGGCAGCAGCUUUGAUUUGUUGCAAGAGAGCAGUAGUUCGCACAAUUUACCCCACGCCUCAUCCUAUGGUGGUGGUGGCAACGGCAAUAGUAGCAGUGGUGUUGGUGGUGGUGUCACAGGCGAAAAAUAUUUCGAUCGCCAUCAUAAGCAGACGCCAACGCAAACGCAUUCACCGCAACAGCAGCAGCUCUUGCCAGGACAUCAUUUGCCGGGCUACUGCUCGUCCAAGUCGUCGGAUGUGGCUUCGCCCACGCACUCGGCACACACACCACAACCAAAGAAGAAAAUAUCGCCUGACGGUGGCAGUGCUGCGGGCACAGGUGCGAGUGGUCAGUAUCCACCGCUGGCCUAUGCGCAUCAAAGGCACUCCCAGCCGCAACAACAACAACAGGCACCACGUGCCCAACGUAUCAGCGGCUCGGGAGGCAGCGGUUCGGGUGGCAGGCAUCACGGCGCGGCAGAAUAUGCAGGCGAACGUGAACGUGAAUACAAAGUGUCGUUGGCGCGUUCGGGUAGUUUCAUGUCAACCGCCAUAAAUCCCACGGCCGCAGGACAUCACAGCAAGUCGUAUCGCAAGUCGAGCGGUGAGGCAAAUGGUGGCGCGGCCAGCGAUGACUCUAUGCAUGAGAAAUAUUUCAAGUCUGUGGAAAAUACACCACUCUCGCGUCGACGUCACGCUGCCGCGUCCAAGACAACAAGUGGCGAUGGCACUAGUGGUGGCGGUGGCACCAGCGGCAGCAGCAGCAAUAAAAAGCACUCGAGUGACUCCAGCCCACAGAGUCCCAUUAGUCCGCAGAUCAAAUCAAAGUCCUCGAAAGCCGCUAACAAUGCGCUCGGCAGCGCUUUUGCAACUAACACCGCAUUGCAUUCACCUGGUCACUCGCCAACUGCACCUUUGCAUACCAAACAUCAUAAGCAGGAUUCUUCAUGCAGCUUGGAACUUUUGAAUAUGGAACGCAUGUCCUUGACUAAGCCGACAUCGCCACAUUUAAGUGAUGUCGUUGUUGCUUCCUCUUCAACGUCACCAAAUAACCUGGUUGCUACCACCGUGGGUAUGAAAAAUUUUCCAUCAUCGGAUAAUAUUGGUGGCAUGCUGACACAUUCGUCGCGCAGUUCGACGGAUUCGCGAAGCAAGCAGCGUUCGUCGACGGCCACGCGUGCAUAUCAACAGCAGACGCCACAGCUGCAGCAACAUCAAAGUCAGGAUAAUCGCUCGGUUGGCUCUUUGCGUCACAAUUCAACUGGUGUGGACAAACAGGCAAACCGUCGCUCAAAUGAGCACUACUAUGACAGCUCGCGUGGCAACAAGCACGAACAUCGGCGCUCGCGUGGCUCACGACAACAUAACAAUCUGCUUAAUGCCGAUAAUAGUGAUGUGGAGUACGACAACGGCAAUAUAUCGCCGCUUUACAGCAAUUGGGAUCAGGAAAUGCAUCAACAUCUGCUGCCAUUGAAGAACUACAUAAUGGAACAAGCCAAAUUGUCUGGACAUUAUGUAUUCGGUGAUCCCAUCGAUUCAGACUCCUAUCAUUCGGAUAGCCAGUCGGAGCACUCGCUCUCCGGUCACGAGCCAGAUAAUGAGGAUUCGGAUGGUGGCUCAGACACGCAUGGCGGAUAUUUGGAGCAUAAUUAUGGCAUGAUUGAUGACUAUGCCAACAUGGACGACAGCGUCUCCUAUUACGCAUAUCAAUAUCCACCUUAUGAUCCAUCAGGACGUGAGGAUAUCUCUGACAAUGUGGAAGCCGUUCUCGAGGGUAUUGGCAGCCAAGGUGCCGAACGCGCAUCGGAAUUCGCACAAAAACCAAAGCAACGAUAUCAAAUCUCAUUUUAUGACACCGCGCAUACAACUCAUACUACACCAACACAACAACAACAACAACAACAGCAACAGCAAUACCAACAAAGGCAACCAUCACUUGGUCAUCAUCAGCUUGGAUCUCAAACACAAAUACAACAAAAUCAAUUGUAUUCGAAUACACCAGCACUAGUGCCACAUCAUCACCUGCCACCACAACCACCUCUACCACCACAUCAGCACCUUCAACUUGAUGCCGAUACCAAACAAAAGCAAUCACAAACACUACCCUCACCAAAUCGACAAAUUUCACGCAUAGCACAGUCGGGCGGCGUCAGCGGUUCAAGCGGCAUUGACGGCAAUAACAUCGCGGGCACCGGCGUUGUCGGUACAGGCGGUGGCAGUGUGCGUCUGCAUCAUUAUGCCAAAGAUGAAAGUGGUGGUGGCACAGCAAGCAUGUCGCGUACGCCCCGAUUGCCACCGCCAUCGCUAAAGCCGACAAUUCAGCAAAUAUUUCCACCCAGCGAGCGCGCACCACCCAACUUGGGCGGCCUGAGCACCACGUUGGUGUGCAUGAAGGAAUGUGAUAUUGAGAAAUUCGCCGCCGACAAUCUGAAUUUGCAUUCGAAGGGCAUCUUUCGUAAAAAGUCUUCUGUGCGCGAUAUGCUGAGCUGGACUCCGGAGCCCAUCAGCCGACCAAUGUUGGCGUUGUCACGCGACAAAUCGGACAAGAAAACUGCCAUUGAACUCUUCAAAUUGGUGCAAAUUUACAUGGGUGAUCGAAAGGCGCGUGUCGGCAUGAGUCUCAAUUCGGUAGCGAUCGAUAUAAUAGUCGCUGCGCUGCCACAGCAACAACUACGCGAUGAAUUGUACGUGCAGCUAUGCCGCCAGACCACAGAGAACCCGAAACGUGAUUCACUCAUACGCGGCUGGGAGCUAAUGGCGAUUUGUUUGUCCUUUGUGCCGCCAUCGCCCACAUUUCAGCCAACUUUGUUGAAUUAUAUGAAUCGGCAUCGUGAUCCGGCCUUCGCCACGUCGUUUCCGGAGGUGGGCAAGUGGCCCAUACAUGUACAGAUCUCACACUAUGCGACUGUUUGCUGCAGGCGUUUGGAUCGUAUCGGUAGUCAUGGUCGGCGGCAGGCGAAGAAGCCAACGGAAGAUGAAGUUGAGCAGGCGAGGAAUCAAAUUCUACGCGUCAGCAUGUUUGGCAACACGAUCGCUGAGGUUAUGGACUUGCAAAAGGAUAAGUUUCCAAAUCGCAAAUUGCCGUGGAUACAAACUACACUAUCAGAGCAUGUUUUGCUUUUGAACGGCAAGCAAACGGAGGGAAUUUUCCGUGUCUCCGCCGAUGUGGAUGAGGUGAAUUGCUUGAAGAGUCGUUUAGAUCGGUGGGAUGUUCCUGAUUAUAAGAAUAGCAUGGUGGAUGCGCAUGCGCCCGCUAGUCUUUUGAAGCUAUGGUAUCGUGAAUUGUAUGAUCCGCUCAUUCCGGACCAGUUCUACGAGGAAUGCGUCAAUACUGAGGAUCCGGACAAAGCCAAAGAAAUUGUUGAUAAACUGCCGGAGCUUAAUAAGUUGGUUUUGACCUACCUGGUGCACUUUUUACAACAAUUCUCUCAUGCUGACGUGGUGAGUUGCACCAAAAUGGACUCAUCAAAUUUGGCAAUGGUCUUUGCACCGAACUGCUUGCGCUGCACCUCAGAUGAUCCGAAAGUGAUAUUAGAGAACGCUCGCAAAGAGAUGGCUUUCAUGCGCACCCUCAUACAACAUAUGGACACAACGCAUGUGGCGAACCUAACCUAAGCGCACGACCUGGACUGAAUGUAAAUAAGUAUAACUACAGAGAAAAUAAACGUUGAAAUUCAAGGUGAUCGCUUGUAAAGGAAGGCACAGCAUGAUAGUAGUAGCUAAAAACGGAAGAUAAACACCAAAAAAUAAUAUACACUUUUAUUUGCAUUAUGAUAUUUGCAAAAUGAAUGAUGAAAUGCAUUUUUACUUUGUUUUUUUUUUUUUUUCAAAAUAAUAAUAAUGUAUUAAAUAGUGUUUAAGUAUUCCAAGAAAUGCAAAGAAAAAUACUCAUUUGGGAAGUAACACUGCAGAUUUAAAUAGAACAACAACAAAUCAAGUUAUUCAUAUAUUGGGUUGUCAAAAAAGUCUUGCGGUAUUUGCGCUAGUUGGCGCUGAAAGCGCGUAGUUCUAGUUUUAUUCGUCGCAUCGGGUCAUGCUAUACCUUUUUGGAAAGCUCAUUUCACACGCUAACACGUGUUUGAUUGAUUGUCGUUUCUUUUAAGUCGUUCGUGAGUUAUAGCGUCGCAAACAUGGAGCAAAAUAAAGAGAAAAUACGGCAUAUUUUACAGUACUACUACGAUAAAGGCAAAAAUGCAUCUCAAGCCGCCAAUAAAAUUUGUGCAGUUUAUGGACCCGACACAAUUUCCAUUUCCACCGCACAACGAUGGUUUCGUGCUGGUGUAGAGGUGGUCGAAGAUGCGCCACGCUCCGGAAGGACUGUCGUCGAAAAUUGCGAUAAAAUCGCUGAAUUGGUCGAAAGAGACCGGCAUGGUAGCAGCCGUAGCAUCGGUCAAGAGAUGGGCAUGAGUCAUCAAAAAUUCAGUUCAAUUUCAAUAAAAAAAAAUCAAUAAAAAUACCGCAAGACUUUUUUGACAACCCAAUAUAUUUAUUUCUAAGAUGAUAUUUUUUGUUGCAAACAUCCAUUCCAGUUCAGUUUUUGCUGUAAAAAGGAUCUAACGAUACAACGCUCUAUAUUUUCAAUUCAAAUCGGGACAAAAUCAUCUUAUAUUUUAUAUGAAUUUUUUUAUUGAAAACAUUUUUUU